GCGCGUGCGCCAGCCCCCAGCACAGUCCAUCGCUGUGCUCAGUGUUGUGCAUUACCUCAUUCAACAUGAAAUUCUUGAUCGUAGCCGUUAUUGCCAUGUCUGGCUUGGCCAUGGCAGAGGAGGCCAAGAAGACCGAAAAGCGAGGGCUUAGCGGUCUGGGCUAUGGUGGCCUGGGCUAUGGCGGUCUGGGCGCGGGCGGCUACAGCGGCGGGCUGGGCUAUGGCAGCGGGCUCGGCUAUGGCGGCCACGGACUCGGCUAUGGCGGAGCCGGCCUAGGCUAUGGCGGACUCGGAUAUGCGGGCGCUCCGGUGGCGGUGAGCAAGGUGUCGUACUCCACGGCGCACGGGCUGGGCGGCUACGGAGGCUACGGAGGCUACAGCGGACUGGGAGGUUACGGAGGACUCGGAGGCUACGGAGGCCACGGCCACGGCGGGUACUACGGCGCGCCGGCGGUGAGCUACGCCAACCAGGUCGCGUACAACGGGUACGGCGGGUACGGACACUCCGGGUACGGUGGCCUCGGCGGGUACAGCGGCCUCGGCGGGUAUGGGGGACUCGGCGGCGGGUACGGAGGACUGGGCGGGUACAGCGGCGGCUACUACGGACAUCACUAAACACACUGGCCACUAAUAAAUACUCUGUAUAAAAAGUUAAAUCUCGUCUCGGUUGUGCCGUUCGUUCGAUCGUUCUAUUUUCAAAUUGUUUUGUUCUCGAUUGUGAAUAUUGUGAUAGCGGAAUCCCCACUGCCAAAUGUUCUAGGAUUCUCAACUUACAGUGUGUAGCGUUUUGUUGAUUUUUUAACAAUAAUGUUUGUGCUGUAAGCUUUUGUACAUAAAAUAAAUAUUAUUUUUACUCA